AAUUUGGGAAAAUAAACAAUUUUUCCAUUGAUUUUCAAUUGUUGAUCGUGAAGAAAAAAAUUCCAAAUUUUAAUCCAAAAAGUGAAUUUAAAGAACUUUAGUUCCAAUGUUUUGGAGAAAUUGAAAAAAAAAGUUUCCAUCGACAAAACAACAACAAAUAAAAUAUUUAUUUCAAUAAGUUUGUUAAUUAUUGAUAAAGAAGAAAAAUGAGCGCAAAUCCGGGUCGUACCAGUUAUCAGACAAAUAUUCAAGCUCAACGCUUCACACCAAGUCCAUUCACAGUAACAAUUCGUUUUAUCGCAAAUUUGCGACUCUAAAUGCGUUGUUGUUUCAUUAACACAUCCUAUAUAAAAAGAAUAAUAAGAGUAAUAUUAAGAACAAAAAUAAAUUAAAGACGAAGGAAAGAUUUCGUCCGAAAUCAAAAAUAAACAAGAAAGUCGAAAAAAUAAAUUUUUGCUUAAGUUUUAAAAAAAAGUAAAGCAUAAAAAUGAGUCUUAGAAAUUUCGUACCGUCAUAUCCGCAACUGUCUGUAAAUCCUCCACCACCACACCAUCAAACACAUCGUGUGCAGGCACUUCCAGUGAGUGUGGCAACGGCCUUACAACAGCAAAUAUCCCAACAGCAACAGCAACAACAACAACAAUCGCAACAAGGUGGACAGAACCAAUCAAACCCAAAUGGUGGUGGUUCAGGAAAUGUUCAGGCUCCCCAGUCUCAUGAGUAUCACGUGACGCAAUGUUUACCCUUUCAGACACCAGGCGGUGCCAAUAUUGCCCCCAACUUUAUCAGACAUAUGUCGAACGGAGGUUUUCCAGCUCCACAUCCACAGAAUCCUUACCAGACACAAGGUCCACCGCAACAACAGCAGCAACAACAACAACAAACAAAUCCUGCCCAGAACUUAUCAAAUUCAGCUCCUCAAUCACAAGGUCGCUUAACAUCUAUGGCGCCACCAACUGCACCUCCUACCCCACCAACACAACAGGGGCAACAACAACAAACACAACAACCCAAUGCAUAUGCCGUACCUCAAGGAUCAGUGCAACAGUCACGAGCUCCACCACAAUAUGCACGUCCGCAGCAGCAACAAGUGCGACGACAACAACAACCAUCGUACAUGUUUCCAACACAAACAAUUCCCCAAUAUAAUUUUGUCAUUCCAACUGGUCACAUUCGCCAAACAAUGCCCAUUUCGGCUCAACACUUUCAGCAGCAAGUCUAUCAAAUGCCACAAUACUACUUUAAUCCACCAACACAGACGUACAGUCAAAUGACAGGACCGCCAGCAAAUGGUCAACGUCAAACGACUACUCCAAAUCCUGGACCAGCAGCAACAAUCGGUCCACCAGCUAAUGAGUAUCCAUAUGUUUAUGAAAUACCACAGGUUAUUCAGCAACAGCCUGCAGCACCACCACAACAAAAGACUGGCACAAAGAAGGCUGGUCCCAAUGCGAUUCAGAUUAUAAAUCCAAUAACAGGGAAGAAUAUUUUCGAAGAGGAUGCACCAGCAUCAGCGAAUAAUGAGGAUAAGACACAGUCACAUCAUCAGCAUUCGCAUCAUCAGCAACAACAUCAUCAUCAUAAUAGUGGAAGCAAAGAAGAUUCUGUUGAGAAGGAAAAUGCAGAGCCACAAACGCCUGUCGUUAGUGCUAUGAGCGAUGGACCAUCAGUUGAUAUUACGCCUAAGCACCAAAUCAGUAAAAAUAAGAGCAGGAAGCCCCCAGAGCCAAGUCCACAACAAUCUCCUGUACAGAGUAGUCAAAGUAGUCAGCCAGCGAUUCCACAACUCGUGGAUCCACCAAAGCCAGUCAAAAUUGAAGCUCCGAAGCAAGAGGUUGAACAACCACAACCAGUUGUGCCGCAUGUAAUAGCUUCAUCGCCUGUGCAAGAUAGUGAAAAUAAUAAUAAUAAUAAUAAUACUAACAUUAACGAUAAUGAUAAUAAUAAUAUUAGUAGUAGAACUAGCACGAGUAAUGUGAAUAUAACGCCAGUAGUAAUAAUGCAACAACCGCAACAGCAAAUCUCUGAGACCACGACUGAAAAGCCAACAACGCCACCACCAUCGUCCGAACAGAAUCAAAUUCCAAAUCAAGUUAGUGAUAUUAAUGAUACAAAUAAUAAUAAUUAUCAAAAAGUCACGUCAUCAUCAUCAUCGACGCCGUCGAAUGAGAUUGAGGAGGAAAUCAUUAAUGAACAAAUUGUAAAUGACAAUGAUGAAACUGAUCGUGCUGUGGUUGCUGAAGUGCCACAGGAUACAAAUAACAAUUCAACAGAGACUGAAGAAAAAGGUGCAAAAAUUGAGAGUCUCAUUCAGUAUGUAGAUGAUCAAUGGAGUCCAGAAAAUCCAGCUGGUAAGAAAUAUUACACUCGUGAUCAGCUUCUCAAGUUGAAGGACGCACUUGCUGUUGCACCAGUUGAUCUUCCCGAAGGCGUAUCUAAUACAUUGAUGAAAUUCAAUAAGGAAUACUUGACCAAUACCCUUAAUCAACAAUUGGGAUUGAGAAUGCCUUUUGAUGCCAUCAAUUCUGUUGCACCAAAAUGGAUGAACACACCAGGCGGACGUAGUCCAUAUCCUCCAAAACGACCAAGUCAACAGGGAAAACAACAGAUACCCGGAGGUGGACGACAAGGCGGUCAAUCAGAUCGUCAAAUAAUCAAACUACACUUGAGCCUUCAAGAUGAUGUGAAGCUCAACGAAUCUGAAAAUGCAUGGAAACCAACGCAUCUUAAAAAGAGACCAGACAUGAACGAAGAAGAACGCGAGACAUCUGAUGUACUCAGUAAAUUCCGUUCAAUGCUCAAUAAACUCACUGCCGAGAACUUUGAUGUGCUCGUCGAGCAAGUCAAGACAUAUAAAAUUGACACAAUGGAGAGACUCGAUGGGGUCAUCGGUCUUCUCUUUGAAAAAGCAAUUUCUGAGCCAAAGUUCGCACCGACAUAUGCAAACUUGUGUAAUGAGAUUGCAAACAUUCAAACCGUACAGACGAAUGCCGAUCAACCUCAAGAUAAGCAAUCCAAGAAGAAUUCAUUGAAGGUUAGAUUAAUCACGCAAUGUCAAAAGGAAUUCGAGAGAAACAAGGAAGAUUCAUUGGAAUUUAGAGUAAUUGAAGACAAAUUACGAGAAAAUGAAAAUGAGCCUGAUCAGCAGAAGCGAGAAGAGAGAAAGGCAGAACUAGAAGAACAUCAUUACAGACUUCGUCAACGUGCCAAUGGAACAGUCAAAUUUAUUGGUGAACUGUACAAGAUUGAAAUGUUGACAACAAAGAUCAUGAGAACAUGUAUUGAAAUGUUGUUGAAUGAAGCUACAGAAGAGAAGGUCGAACGUGUUUGCAAACUCCUCACAACAAUCGGUGGUAAAAUGGAAGCCAGUGAAGGACGCAGCUCACUCCAGAGGUACUUCAAUAUCCUCAAUGAAAUGACACAUCCAGCACACAAAUCCAUUCGAUCAUCACGUAUCAAGUUUGAAAUUCAAAAUCUUCAGGAUCUUCGUAGUAAUAACUGGAAGGCUCGUCGACAAGACCUUAUCCCAAAAACUAUGGAUCAAAUGGUAUGGGAAGCCGAACAGGAGCAAAUGAUGAAUAAUUAUCAAAAUAGACAGAGUGCUAAGGAGGACAGACAGAGGGGCAAUCAAGGCUAUAACAAACGCCAACAGCCCCAACAAGACAGCGAUGGCUGGUCAGUCCAACAAAAUACAAAGUCACGCAAUCAACCAAUUCAAUUGAAUAAAAUUUCACUUCCAUCGAUGAGCGAUAGCUCAGCAAAAUUAGGAAAUGCUUCACAAUUCCAAAACUUUAUGAUGCAAACAAAUAAAUUUGCAGGCUUAACAGUUGAUGGAGAUAGUGAGAUGCCACCACGAUUUAAUUCAGGUUCAAAGAACUCAUCAAUGGAGCGUGGUGAUCGUGGAUCAAGAUUUUAUAAUAAUGGUGGUGAUAAUAAUCGAUAUGGUGGACGUGGAAGUAGUAAUCAAGGAAGUCGAAAUUCAUCACAAAUUCGAUCACGUGAUAAUUCUGGAUCACGUGGUGGAAAUGGAGGUCCAUCAAGGUCCCUUCAACCACCACCACCACGUCAUCAACAACCGAUUGGUGCAUCAAUGAGCUUCAGUGGCACAGCACCAAUGAAGAAGCCAAUAUCACCAAUUGUUUUGACUGAAGAGGAAGUUGAUAAGAAUGUUAAGGAACUUGUAACAAUUGUAGAUCUAUACAGGGAUGAUAAAUUGACAGUUGAUGCUGCUAUUGAAAAGGCACGUAAGCAUGCCGCUAAUAAGGAAGUACUCGAAGCUAUUUACAAUAAAUUCCUUGAUCGUAAAGACAAUGAUCGUGAGAAUCUCAUGAUGAUUGUUGUCGAGAUGAUCAAAAAUAAGCUUGUUGCUCGUGAUGACAACAAGCAAGCCCUUUAUAAAGUCAUGCAAUUCGCACCCGAUAUUCAAUGUGAUGUACCGCGUGUUUAUGAAUAUAUUGCUCAAUUUAUGGGCGAAUUAUUAAUUGCAAACGUACUGACCUUCCAAGAAGUAUAUCAUGUCAGCCAAGCAGACGAAUGUGACAAGGAAAAUGUUUUACGAUUCAUUUUUACGACAGUCGAAAAACGACACAGCGCCAAUAAACUUCAAUCGAUUGUUGCCGAAACAAACUGUGAUUUAGGCCAAUUUAUUAAGGAUGGUAAUUUUGGACGGUGGUUAGAGACUAAUAAUUUCACAAGCAUGGUGCGGCGUGGCACACGUGGUAUUGCUGAUGUAAUGCAACAGAUGAAGAGAAUGCUGCAAGAAAAGAGCAGCAAUGACAAUAUUAUGGAUUACAUUCAAUCAACAGACUGCACGAAAGAUCCAAACUUUAUUCGUCAACUAACCACAAUUGUGAUGGAAUUCUGCUGUGAUGAGUACUCAACGGGACAGACACAGCCAUCAUACAAGUUGAAUAAUGUUAAAUUAGAGUCACUUUCCCUUCUCCUUCAACGAUAUAUCGAUAAUGAAAUUAAUCGUGAAUUGCAGUGCAUUUAUGCAUUGCAGCAUUUUGCCUUUGUCAGGGAAUAUCCACCUGGUCUUCUAAACUCAAUAUUUGAGGUUUUAUAUGAUAAUGAUGUACUUUCGGUAGAAGCAUUUGAGAAAUGGAAGAACUCCGAUGACCCAAGUGAAAAUCAAGGAAAAGGUGUUGCAGUUUGCAGUACACGACAGUUUUUCACAAAAUUAGCCGAAGAUGAAGACGACGACGACGAUACUGGAAGUAAUUAAGCAAAAAAUGAGAAUUUUUUUUAAUAAAAUUUUGUGACAAAUUUUUUUGUUUGAAAAUCGCACUGGAAAAAAAAUAAAAGUUAUUUUGAAAAAAAAUUAAAAUAAAAAACAAGUAAAAAGAAGAAAAAUUGCGACUGUGAAUUUUUUUUUUGGAAAAGUGAAAACAUAAAAAAACUAAACGUUUAAAAAUUCAAACGAAUCUUAGAGUUAAGUGGACUUAGGAAAUUUAUAUAAAAAAAUAUAAAAAAUUUAUUUAAGCGAAAAGUGAAAAAAUAAAGUUUUUUUGUAUAGUGAAUAAAAGAAGGAACUUUAAAAGAAAGAAAACAGAACUGAAAAUAUUUUCAAAGAAAAGUGAAAAAAAAAAACAAUUUUUUUUUGUAUAGAAUAAAAAAUUUAAAUGCAGAAAUGAAUUUUCUAAAUUAAAAAUUUUGUGCUAAAAACAAAAACAAAAAACAUGAACUGAAAAUUCAAAAAAGUGCGAAAUAGAAUAUAAAAAUUAUUAAAAACUAGAAAAUACUUCAAAUUUUCUAACGCGAAAAAUAGAAGAAAAUUACAAUUUAUUUUAGGAUAGAGAGAAGAAUGAUUCCCGAGCAGUAUGUGCUGGUUUAGUGAACUUUUGGAAUUUUGUAGACAUGAAAAAAUUCAGGAACUCUCAUUUAUUGAUUUAAUGGCUAAAUAUAGUAAAUAUCGGUAUUUUAAGCCUAAGAUACCUAGAUUUCCCAAUAUUAUGUCAUUAAUAUGUCUAGGUUGAGUAAAGUUUGAUUAUAGACUCUAAUUGAGUGACUUUUAAUAAAGCAAUCCAAACAUCAACAUUCCAGCAUGUGCUGCUCGGGAGUCGUAGUGUCAAUAAAAUUAGAAACCUAAAAGUGGAUAUCCGAUGAGUCAUUUUGUUCUCUCUAUCUUCCACUUUACAUAAAAAUAGUGAAAAAUUUUGUAAAAACGCAUUUUGUGGCAAAAAAUAGUGAAAAUAAUGGAAUCUUUAAAUUGAAAAAAAAUAACUGAAACUCAGAUGAAAAAUAAAAAUUUUAUAAUUUUGAAUAAUUCAGUUUUAAAAUAAAAAAAUUCAUUUUUAGUUGAAUUGAAAUAAAAAAUAUUUUACUGUUAUUAUUUUUAUGUUCCUUUAUUAAUAAAAUCAAUAUUAGUUAAGGGGAUGUUAGUUGAUGUUUAUUAAAGCUUAUUCAUAUCCAGCAUACAAGGAACUGCUGGAGACAUAUUUAUUUUCAACUUUACUUGACUUUUAUUCAACUUAAAGAAUGCACUAAUUAUGAUUUUCGACCUCCCAUUCAGUGCCACAAAAUGUUGAAGAAAAUAAAAGAAUAAAAAUUUCCCAAAAUGAUCUUUUGAAGCCUUAAUCGUCCGCUAGUCUCACAUAUAAGCUGCUUUACAUGCUGAACAGAACAUAACUUUGAAAAGACACAGAAUAACGGCAUUGGACUAGUGUCAAGCUGGCGUUGGGUUGAUUUAUUCAAAUUGUAUCCACGACAGUCUUGUGCCUUAUUAAAGCUCCUUAUAACUUGAGUAUAUUGACGAUUAAGGCUUCAUUUGAUUAAAUAUAUCAAAAUUGUUUAAAAACGUUUGGAUUAUAAAGUUAAAUGGCUGUUCUUGAUCAGUUUUAAGAAGCUCAUCAUCUUUAGGAACUAAGUUUGGUACGUCUUUUUUCAUAAGUAUCAACUUUUGACUAUUAACUGGUUUAUCAGCUAUAAAACAUGUCAAUCUUAAUUGUUUGUUGCUAUGGAUUAUAAAGAACAAGAAAAGCACCAGCAAAUGUCAGAAAAUGGCAUUGACAGUGACUUCUCUGUGUUGGUGUCGACUGCUGGUGUCAAAAUAUUAAGAACAAGUGCAGCAUAGUAUGAACAUGCUUACUGCUGUAUUUCGAACAAUCAAGAUGUAUCCAAGAACAAGAAAUCUUAAAAGUAAUCAAAAGCAGUCAUUUAACAACCAAAAACCUAUCCAAAACUACACAGAAUACCCAAUAAAAGAAAAAAAAACUCUAAAAAGUGAAAUUCCCAUCCAAAAAUACAAAAACUAUAAAUUUAAUAAACAAAAUUAAAUAAAACUUAGCUACACAAGAUGAUAAAUAAAAAAACGCAUGUAAGAAGAAGAAAAGUUUUUAUAAAAAAAUCGUCGAUUUAAAAAGCAAAAAAAAGUGAAAAUUAUAAGAAGAAUGUAAAAAAAAUUCUCUUUUCUUCUCUAUUUGUUUUUAUAUUGAAAAAGGAAAAAAACUUGUAAAUAAUUAAAAAUGCAUUAUUAUCUUUAUUAAAUUUAUUAUUAUUUCAAUAUUAUCACUAUUAUUAAUAUUAUUUGUUUGUUUGUAAUAUCGUCCUAAUUAGGAUUAAAAAGAAGAAAAAAAUAAAAAAAAAUUAGAAUUUUAAUAAAUAAAAAUGAUGAAAAAUUGUCCAAUUGUGGAUGAAAUAAAAUUUGGAAAAAUCUUCCUGAAUGUUGUAUGGAAGAUUCGUAAAAAUUUGCAAAAAGAAAAUUUCAAAAAUUCCAUAAAAAAUUCAAUUUUUAAACUUGAAAAGUUGAUUUAUUUUU